AUGGUCUCGCUGCCCUUCGCGCCGCACCGGACCCGCGGCCCGCCGCAGCCGUACCACCGGCAGCCCGGCGCCUCGUCCUCGCGCCGCGGCUGCCGGCGCCCGCCGCUGCGCUUCUGCGUGCUGUGGGCGGCCUUCUCGUUCGUGCUGCUGGCCGUGUAUCUGCUGCGGCACGACGUGCUGCGCCAGCCCGACGCCGCGCGCUGGAUCGGCUGGCAGGCGCACGAGCGCAUCACCCGCCCGCACGCCGCUGCGCCCGAGGCCAAGCUGGGUGCUCUCGCCUCGCCGGCAGACGCCUCGCCCGAGGCCUGGGGCGCCGAUCCGCAGCACGACUUUGACCUCUCCUUCCCGCUCGACGUGUAUGCGCCGCUGCUGCCCAACCCGGCGCCGCUCGUCGACAUGACGGUGCACUCGUGCUUCCCGCUCUCGCCCGCCACGUGCAUGCCGCCGUCGGACGAGGCGACGGACCGGCGCCUCGGGCGCUGGGUGCGCGUCGACCGGCCGCUGGACGCCGAGGCGGCGCUGCAGCUCGGCGCGGGCAGCGGCGGCGGCGUGCUGAGCAAGGUGCUUGGCGGCCUCGAGUCGCGCUACCUCUUCUACCGCCGCAGCCGCCGCGCCAACGUGCCGCGCGUCGUCGACCUGCGCAUCGUGCACGCCGGCCAGGAGGCGCCGCUGGAGCCCGGGUGGAAGGUCAUCACGAAUGACUUGACCACAUCGAUGCAGCGCAUGCUCGGCACCGCCAAGAGCGCACAUCUCUGGUUCCGCGUGCUGGAGGCGCCGCAGAAGGCCAGGCCCGACGAGAUGGAGGGCAUUGGCCGGCGGCAGGAGAAGGACAGCCAGGGCCGCCCGGUCGUCUCGCAGGGCGCGAGCUGGGCGGAUGACGCCGCGCAGGCGAUCACUGAGAUAGACAUCAAGUAUGGCCCCGCGCCCGCGUGGCCUGGCUUCACCGAGAUUGGCGCUCUGUCACCGCCAAUCCCUAGUCUCUCUCUCGCCUCGCCGCAUCUCAUGAUCCGGCGGCAGCCCGAGCCGCUGCCGUCGAUUCCCAUCGCUCCCAGCUUCCACACCGACGGCACGUUCAAGAUCAUGCAGGUCGCCGACAUGCACUUCUCGACGACGCCGGAAAAGUGCCGCGACACGCCCAGCUGGGUCGGCGACGACUGCGGCAUGAACACUACCGCCGCCAUGCUGGGAGCCUGGUUGGACCACGAGAAGCCUGACCUUGUGGUCUUCUCUGGCGACCAGAUCAAUGGCCAAGGCACGUCGUGGGACGAGCGGUCGACAAUUCCCGCCGUCCUGAUGCCCGUCAUCGAGCGCAAGAUCCACUGGGUCUCCAUCUUCGGCAACCACGACAGCCAGAGCGGGCGCCUCACGCGGCGCGAGCAGCAGAUCCUGCUCGCGCGCCUGCCGUACUCGCUGACGCGCGUGGGGCCCGCGUGGCUGCACGACGGCACUGGCGCGGGCAACUACUAUGUCCGCCUCAUCUCUCCGACGCCUGACCGCACGCAUCUCUUCACGCUCUACUUUCUCGACUCGGGCGAGGCAGCGCCGAAGAGCACGGCGCUCAAGCUGCUGCCCGGCAAGCUCGGCUGGGCAGGGUACGACUACAUUCGGCAAGACCAGAUCAACUGGUUUCUCGAGCAGAGCGCAAAGGUCAAGAAGCAUCUCGUGCCCUACAAGCCCGACGGCGGCAAGGACCUCGGCAAGCUGUGGCCGCGCAGGCAGGACCGCUCAGGUGCCAGCCGGCGCGCCGAGGCCGAGACGCCAGAGUGGAGCGCCGAUGCGGGCCAGGGCACGGGGCUGCGCAAGGCGCCCGCAUUGCUCUGGACACACAUCCCGCUGCCCGAGUUCUUCGACAAGCCGGACAUGGCGCGCGACGGACGCGAGAUGAUCAUUGGCCAGGAGCGCGGCGAGAGCUCGGGCAAGAAGGGCGCGCAGGCGCAACGAGGCAUCGGCACUGCCAUGCAGCGGCAGGGCACUGACCGCGAUGUCGUCGGUGUCCUCAGUGGGCAUAUGCACAACAACGCCGACUGCCGCCGGGUGCAGUACGUCUGGAUGUGCUUUAACGGAGGCUCGUCUUACCUGGGCUACGGCGAGCCCAAGAUCGAGCGUCGCGUGCGCGUCAUGCAUCUGCGCAACUGGGGCGAGCGCAUCGACACGUGGCAGCUGUUCGAGAAGACGCCGGGGCGCCAGUACGAGGCGACGCUGUGGGAGAUGCACAAGUUCGACCACUAGGGAUAUAUCCAUGCUCCUCCAUGCUUCAAGCUGCGGAUCACGCACGGGCUGCACCACAUUGUCACGGGAUGGAUUAUGCACAUCACUUGCUCUUCAGU